AUGUGGCAGGAGACGCGUGAUGAUGACGACCCGGUUGGGUCACUUAAGGAGAAGCUCUUUGUUGUAGUGCAGAAGUCAUUCGUCCCGGACUCGGAGUUCGACAAGACGACCCGUCACGAGCCAGCAACGGACCAGAACCCACGAAGCCACCAGAUACAGGAUAAGCAUUUGGCGAACAUGGGAAGUGUCCUGGAUAGCCAGUCAGCGUUCGGCAUUCCGGAUGGUUCGCCCGAUGGAUCAUAUUAUGACCCGGGGGUUUUCUCUCCACCUCCCACCAACAACCCCGAAGACAUGAUGGCAUCCAGGGGUCAAUUAGCUUCGGCUCGGCCCCGCAAAGUAGCAAACAAGGAGGAAAUGCCCGAUUCCAUAAAGGGCCCAGAUGAGAAACCACAACAUGAGGUAAUAGAUGCAUCCGGCGGACGGGACUCGAGCACCGAGGACAAGGAGAAGCUGGCAAUGAAGGAUGUCGCGGAAAAGUCGAUCGAGGCCGCGCCGGAACCUCCGCCGCCGGUAGAGGAGGAUGCGACUGACGAGGACGAAGAAGCAGGACAAGAUGCUCCUGCCGAUGCCGGACGUACUGCAUCACGUGCCUCCUCGACCAGGUCCAGAGCGUUGAGUAUAGUCCCUAGGGCUAAACGACGGGGGUUAUUUGCGCAGCUGGCAUUGCUGCCGGAGGUAGACCGUCCAUACGACUAUUCGAACAAGGUGAAAUGGACCAUCACCACUUUCGUGGCUAUUGCUGGCGCUGCGGCGCCGAUGGGUUCGGCGAUCUUUUACCCUGGAUUGCCUGAGAUAUCUGUGGAAUUCGGGGUCUCCUCCACAGUCGUGAAUUUAUCGGUUGCCUUCUAUAUGCUAGCCAUGUCGAUAUUCCCCCUAUGGUGGUCCUCAUUCUCUGAGACACUCGGUCGGCGCACCAUCUAUCUGUCGUCGUUUUUGCUCAAUGUCGUGUUCUCCUUGAUUAGUGGCUUCAGUGUCAACAUUGCCAUGCUGAUUGUCUUCCGGAUCUUGUCUGGUGGUGCAGCAGCGUCUGUCCAAGCUGUUGGCGCGGGUACUAUCGCGGAUGUCUGGGAAUCAAAGGAGCGCGGGCGAGCAAUGGGAAUGUUUUACCUCGGGCCACUGAUGGGACCGCUUCUCGCGCCGAUCAUAGGCGGUGCGUUGACUCAAGCAUUCGGCUGGCGAAGCACCAUGUAUUUCCUCACGGCGUAUGGUGCCGUCUGCUUCGUGCUGAUCUUGUUCGCCCUCCCCGAAACCCUCGCCAAAAGGAAGCCCCUCGUCCCGCCGGCGAGGCAGGGCGAUGAGCCCCUGUCUCGGGUCUCGACCACCCGCUCGGUUCAGGUGCGAACCAGAAAGGCCGGCAAGUUCCUCAAGCGGGCGUUUGUCGACCCGCUCGAGGUGGUGACCUACCUCCGGUUCCCGGCGGUGGCCAUCGUGGUCUAUUACGCGGCCAUCACUUUCGGAUCGCUGUACGUCCUCAACAUCUCGAUCCAGUCGGCCUUCUCGGAACCGCCGUACGGCUUCUCCGCCCUCAUCAUCGGCUUGCUGUACAUCCCCAGCUCGCUCGGCUACUUCAUCGCCUCACUGCUGGGCGGGCCCUGGCUCGACCGCAUCAUGGUGCGCGAGGCCGAGCGCGCCGGCCGCUACGACGCCCAUGGCAAGCUCAUUUACUUGCCCGAGGACCGUAUGCAGGAAAACGCGUGGAUCUCAGCGACCCUAUACCCCGGUGCGCUGGUCUGGUACGGGUGGACGGCGCAGAACGGCGUGCUGUGGAUUGCGCCGGCUGUGGCCAACUUUUUCUUUGGGCUUGGGUCCAUGCUAGUCUUCAGUGCCGCCACGACCAUGCUGACCGAGUUCAUGCCGCGGAGGAGCAGCAGCGGUGUGGCUCUCAACAACUUUGUGCGGAACAUCUUCAGCUGCACGGGCGGUGUUGUCACGCAGCCGCUCAUCAACGUUAUGGGAAAUGGCUGGCUCAUGACUGCGGUUGGACUGCUGGCGUGGCUCAGCGGCAACAUCUGCCUUUGGCUACUUCGGAGGAAUGCUCAGAAGUGGCGAGCGCAGAUGGAUAAGGAACUAAACAAGUGA